AUGGACUAUAUAUUUGGGACACGCAAGACGCCAGCUGAAAUGCUGAGGCAGCACAAACGAUCAUUAGAUAGAGGCAUGUCUGUUUACUUGCAUUCUGUUCGAGAUUUGGACCGAGAGAGGCAGAAACUGGAGAAUUCAGAAAAGAAACUCAUCAAUGAUAUCAAGGCUACUGCAAAAAAGGGUCAAACUGGAGCAUGUAAAGUCAUGGCUAAAGAUCUGGUACGAACAAGGAGAUACAUUCAGAAGUUCUACAAUAUGAGGACACAGUUGCAAGCUGUUGGGCUUAGAAUGCAGACACUACAAUCAACACAAGCAAUGUCAGAUGCCAUGAAGGGUGUAACAAAAGCAAUGAGGACAAUGAACAAACAAGUCAACUUGCAAGCCAUUACGAAAAUCAUGAUGGAGUUUGAAAAGGAAUCGGAAAUGAUGGAUAUGAAGGAAGAAAUGAUGUCGGAUGCUAUUGAUGAUGUUAUGGAUGAGGAGGAGGAUGAGACGGAGAGUGAUGAGAUUGUCAACCAGGCAAGUGACAAGACCAAUGUGCUCGAUGAAAUUGGUAUAAAUCUUGAACAAACGAUGGCAUCAGCACCAAAUACCAAACUCAGUGCUGGCAAAGAACCAGCUGGCAAAGAACCAGAACUGGCAGAUGAUGCUGCACUGCAAGCUAGAUUGGAUAAUCUCAGGAGGGAAUGA